AUAAAAAAACAGAGUAGCUCUGUUUCACUCACUCCAUCACUCGCUCACUCUUCACUUUCUUUGUUUUGUUUCUAUGCUUCAAAGUGCAAGAACUGCCGCAGUGAUUUCUCUCUUCUAUGCUUUCAAAUACAUGUUUAGUCUCACAGCUAUUCACAAGCUUCCAUCCCCUUUUGAGUGAGAAUUAUUUUAAAAGAUAAAAAAAAAAGUUACUUCUCUGUUAACAAAAAAAAAAGCACUUUCAUAAUUCACAUAGCUCUUGACACCUUUGGAGCAAUGGAUUCAUUCAGUUUCCAUAAUCUUCAAGCUGAGAAAGCCAACGCAAUCCUUAAAAAUCGCAAGCUUCGAAGGAUCACAGGCAUAUUACGCUUCCUUGAGGUGUGUGUUGUUCUAGUUUUGAUCUCAAGGCUCUCUCUACGCCUCCCGGUUGCAGUUAAGACCUCGAGUGAGUACUUUAGGGACUUGUCCAUGUUUGUUAACAAUCCUCGGUUCGUUUUCCUCAUUGGAAACGCAAUCAUCAUCGCUCUUUUUGCUCAGUCGGGGCAGUUUUCGGCUCAAGGUUCUAGGAGAAAAGAUUCGGAGGACGAUCUUUACCAAGAAUUUCUCCAUAAUGCAACAAAGAAACAGAAAGUUCAAGAAAAAAAACUAAAAAACAGAGCAAAACAGGGGAUAGAAACAGAGGAUCCCAGAGAAAACAUCAAAAAUCAAGAAAAGGAGGGAAUAAAAAGUGAGGAUAGCACAAAGAAUAAAAGAAUCAAUAGAAACAUGGUGAGACACCAAGAAAACAAUGGAAUCCUUUUAAGAAAAGAAGCGAAUUUUGGCUUAAGGAGCAAAGGAAUUGAUGCUGGAAAUAACAAGUGUGAUGUAGAGAAACAGAGCAUGGAAACAGGGGAAGUGAAUAAUUGCUUGGAGAUGAAGAAAUAUAGAAGGUGUCAAACAGAGAUUCUCCCCCGUGCGAACCGUAACGAGCAACGAGGUGGCGAUUUACGACGGUGUGAAACAGAGAAGAAAAUCAAAGCUAUUGUACAUGCUCCUACUAAAGAGGAGGAAGACGAAGGAGAUUCAUACCCUGAAGAUAACAUGAGCAAUGAAGAAUUUCGUCGCACCAUUGAGGCCUUCAUUGCAAGACAACAAAGGCUCCGAAGAGAAGAAGAAAAUUACUCUCUAGCUUGAAACCUUUUCAAUUUUGAACUUGAAAAUAGGAGGGAAAGAAAGGGAAGAUAUUGUAAAAAAUAUGUAAAUAAAGUGCUCUAUU